GCUUUAUCUGGAACUUACUCUGCUCCCCAGAGGUCUGCCAGCUCAGCUGCUCUUUUGGUUGGGGAUCCUGCUGUAAUUCGAGAUAAAGGAGGCAAUUUUGUACUUCCUAGGGCUGAUGUCAUGAAAUUAAGAGAUCGUUUGAGAAAUGAAGAAUUAGCUGCUGGAUCUCUUAUGUCUAGGUUGAGAAAUAAGACCCUGCGGCACGGAGCUAUAACUGAUAUAGGUCACAAAAGAGAAAUGUGUGCUCAUGCCAGAAUACUAGCUCUGGAAGAAGCAAUUGACACUGAAUGGGUUUACAUGUGGGAUAAGUUUGGUGGUUAUUUACUUCUUUUACUUGGUUUGACGGCUAAAGCUGAACGUGUACAGGAUGAGGUUCGUUUAAGACUUUUCCUCGACAGCAUAGGAUUGCCUGAUCUCAGUGCUAAGGAUAUCAAAUAGUGGCUACCAGAGGAACAUAGGCGAUUUGAACUUAUACAAGAGAGUUAUAUAAGAGAGAAAGAGAUGGAAGAAGAAAUAUUGAUGCAGAGACGCGAAGAGGAAGGAAGGGGUAAAGAGAGGAGGAGAGCUCUUCUGGAGAAAGAAGAACGCAAAUGGAAAGAGAUAGAAGCUUCUCUUAUGUCAUCUAUUCCCAAUGCUGGCAACAGAGAAGCAGCUGCUGUUCGUGCGGUUGGAGGUGAUUCAGUUUUUGAUGAUUCUUUUGCUCGUGAGAGAGUUUCAAGCAUUGCACGCCGCAUACGUGCAGGCCAGUUAUCUCGGCGAGCACUCCAG